GUUGGUGCACCUCGACAAAAGGCUUUCCCGUUGCAAAAAGCCAACAGAACUGGAGGACUGUUCAGCUGUAACAUCGAAACUCCAGAACUACCUUGCACACGUAUCCAAUUUGAUGAGACAGCUGACCUAACAAAAGAAAGCAAAGAAGAUCAAUGGAUGGGUGUAACUGUGCGAAGUCAGGGGCCAGGUGGGAAAAUUGUGACCUGUGCACAUCGCUACGAGAAAAGGUAUUAUGUCAACACUGAACAGGAAACCCGAGACAUCAUUGGGAGGUGCUACGUGCUGAGUCAGGAUCUUUCCAUUUCCGCCAAUGAGUAUAUGGAUGGUGGGGAAUGGAGCUUCUGUGAAGGCCGACCGAGGGGCCAUGAGAAAUUUGGCUCCUGCCAACAAGGUGUCGCGGCCACAUUUACCAAAGAUAAUCAUUACAUUGCAUUUGGUGCACCAGGGACCUAUAACUGGAAAGGCGUGGUGCGGGCAGAGCAAAAGAAUCACACCCUUGACGAAAUGGGCAUAUUUGAUGAUGGGCCUUAUGAACUCGGGGGUGAAAGCCUGCGAAGUGAAUCCCUGGUUCCUGUUCCUGCUAACAGUUAUUUAGGGUUUUCUUUGGACUCUGGAAAAGGGAUCGUUUCUAAGGAGGAGGUCACUUUUGUUUCUGGUGCCCCGCGAGCCAACCAUAGUGGGGCGGUGGUCCUGCUGAAAAAAGACAGUGACAUCCAGCGGGCCUUGUCCUCUGUACACAUAUUUGAAGGCGAAGGGCUUGCCUCUUCCUUCGGCUAUGAUGUGGCUGUUGUGGACCUCAACAAUGAUGGUUGGCAAGAUAUUGUGGUUGGAGCCCCACAGUAUUUUGAAAAAGAAGGAGGAAUUGGCGGUGCUGCAUAUGUGUAUAUUAAUCAGGAAGGCAAAUGGGACAGAGUAAACCCAAUUCGCCUCAAUGGAUCUAAAGAUUCCAUGUUUGGGAUUGCAGUUGAAAACGUUGGUGAUGUUAAUAAAGACGGCUUUCCAGAUAUUGCUGUGGGGGCUCCUUAUGAUGGAGAGUUUGGCAGGGUAUAUCUCUAUCAUGGCUCCAGGGAUGGAAUUAAAACAACACCAGCACAGACUCUUGAUGGCGCGACAAAUAAUGUGAUAUUCUUUGGGUAUUCUAUCACGGGAAAUAUGGAUCUUGAUGGAAACUCUUACCCUGACAUUGCUGUUGGAUCGCUUUCAGAUAGUGUUUCAGUUUACAGGUCAAGGCCUGUAAUAAGCAUUAAGAAAACCAUUAUGAUCUCUCCAGACAGAAUUGAUCUGAAUAUGAGGAACUGUGAAGCGUCCAGUAGCCUUUGCCUGAACAUUAGAUCAUGUUUUGAAUAUACAGCUAGCGAGCCUAACUUCAAUCAAAAAAUAAUUUUGAACUAUACAUUUGAAGCAGAAAGUGAGAGGAAGCAAUUAGGCUUGCCACCAAGAGUGCAUUUUUCUAAGCUUCGCUCUGUUCCAUUUAGUGGAAGUGUAACUCUCAAAGGACAGAAGGUGGAAGAGUGUGUGCCUAGCAGGCUCGAAUUAGAGGAAAAAAUCAAAGAUAAAUUGCGUCCAAUUCGUGUAUCUCUUAGCGUUGCAAUUCAUAGUCCUGAGACCUCUGUAAAACCCAGAAGAAGACAGGGAAGGUCACUGCCAGAUCUUACCCCAAUUCUGGAUGCCAAUGAGCCCAAAACUGUGCACUCAGAGGUGCAGUUUCUGAAAGAAGGCUGUGGAUCAGACAACAUAUGCCACAGCAAUUUGAAGAUGCAUUACAGAUUUUGCACCAAAGAGGGAAACGAGGACAGAUUUGCCUAUUUCCCCAUGGAAAACAAUGUUCCAGUGCUUGUUCUCAAAGACCAGAAAGAUAUCGCCCUUGAAAUCACAGUGACGAACAGUCCUUCCAGUGCCAUGGACCCCCUAAAAGAUGGCGAAGAUGCUCAUGAAGCGAGAUUUGUAGCAACCUUUCCAGACAGCUUGACUUAUUCUGCUUUCAGGGAGUGGAAGAGCUUUCCGGAAAAAAUCCUCUCCUGUGGUGCUAAUCCAAAUGGUUCUCAGGUGGAGUGUGAACUUGGAAAUCCUUUCAAAAGAAAUUCUACUGUUACAUUUUAUGUGAUUUUAAGUACAACCAAGGUUAACGUUGAUACGAAAGAGCUGGAUAUCAAUUUGAAACUGGAAACGACAAGCAAUCAGACUAAUUUGGAACCAAUUACCGCGAAAGCUAAAGUUGUUAUUGAACUGCUUUUAUCACUUACAGGGGUUGCUAAGCCUUCCCAAGUGUAUUUUGGAGGUAAUAUCGUUGGGGAAAGUGCAAUGAAAUCUGAAGAUAAUAUCGGUAGUUUAAUUGAAUAUGAGUUCAGGAUCACGAACCUAGGUAAACCACUGAAAACAUUUGGUACAGCUUUCUUGGAAAUUAUGUGGCCAAAAGAACUGAAAGGAGGGAAGUGGUUGCUAUAUUUGGUUUCCAUUCAUUCGAAGGAAUUAGGAGAAUUACAGUGUACUCCUCAAAAUGAAAUAAACCUUUUGAACGUUCAGCGGUCUCAAAAUUCACGGAUAAAACGUGAAGUUGCAGAGAAGCAGAUAGAGGGUAGCAAAAGCUUUUCUUUGUUUACAGAAAGAAAGUAUAAGACAUUGGAAUGCAAUGAAGAGGCAAACUGCGUCAACGUAACAUGUUCCUUGCAAGGCUUAGACAGUAAAGCCAUAGUAGUACUGCGCUCAAGGUUGUGGAACAGCACUUUUCUAGAGGAAUUCUAUAAAAUGAACUAUCUAGACAUUCCUGUUAGAGCUAGAAUUGGCAUUUCUGCUGCGGAUAACGUCAAGCUGGCAAAUGAAGCUACAAAUGUACGAGUUACUGUCUUUCCUGCAAAAACAGUAGCUUUAUAUAAAGGAGUUCCUUGGUGGAUCAUCUUGGUUGCUAUUCUCGCUGGAUUAUUAAUGCUUGCUUUGUUGGUGUUCUUAUUGUGGAAGUGCGGGUUCUUCCAGCGUUCCAGGUACGAUGACAGCAUCCCCCGCUACCAUGCUGUAAGAAUUCGGAAGGAAGAAAGGCAGAUUAAAGAUGGAAAAGCUAAAGAGAACCAUGCAAAAAAACAGUGGAUGACAAAAUGGAAUGGAAAUGAAAGUUAUUCCUAGGGAUCCCAGCUAAAAUCCCAGAUUGGAUGGAUUUUAAAUGUCUUUGAGCAACAUGAUGGAUGCAAGUGGAGGACCUGUUUGUUUUAUAAUUA